GAGAAUGACGUGCUUUUGUUACCAUAUUCUAUUUCUAAUGGUGGCUGCCGUUUCAGUAAAUCCAUCAACUUAUAUUAAAUCAUCGAAUGGAAUGCAACGAACAUUUUUCCAAGGACGUCAAUUCAAGAUUGGAAUCAUUAACAUUCCUCCAUACGUAUUGGCCCAAUACGAUACUGGAGGCAAUAUCAGUUACGUCGAUGGUUUCGUUCCACAAAUGAUUUCGUGGAUGGCAGAAAAAUAUGAUUUUACCUUCAAAUAUGUAGAACCACCAGACGAAGCUUUUGGGGCGUUCAUUAACGGUUCCUGGAACGGUCUUAUUGGAAUGGUGGUCCGUGAGGAAAUUGAGAUUGUGGGAACAGCAUUAUCGGUGACGUAUCCACGAUCUCUUGUCGUCGAUUACACCUGUGCAUUUUCUGAAGACCCAAUUUCUUUAUUAAUUCCUUUCCCUCAACUAGACAGCACCAUUUCUGGCAUCAUUAAACCUUUCCAAUACGAGGUAUGGAUUGGGAUUUUUCUCUGUCUACUAAUUGCAUCUGUCGUCAUCUGGUUGAUAUCUCGUGUUCAAUGGCGCAUCUAUCGUCAAUCAUUUUACGGCCAGACGGGAUGGUUCCCUCAUUUUUGGUUCCUCUUUCGUGUCGUAACCAAUCCUAGCGGUGUCAUCACUUUUACAUUGGCCACGAGAAUAGUAGUGGCAUCUUGGUUGCUGAUGGGCACUGUGUUCGUCAAUUGCUACACCAGCAGUUUGUUAUCUUAUUUGAUGGCCCCUACGUUCUUACCAUUAAUCAGCACAGUCCAAGAUUUGGCAGACAGCCGUGACAUACAGAUAGCAGCGCCAAAGCAUUCUUCAGUCGAUUCUGCCUUAUUCGCGGCAACAACCGGCCCAUUUGCUAAACUUGGCGAAAGUCUUCGAGCCCAUCCCGAAAAUCUUCUUAGCAUGUCGAAUAAUAUUGAAGACAUAGUGUUUCAUCAACGGAAAGCUUUUUCCUACCAAGAAACUUCGCUGAAGCAAAGAAUCUACAAUGACUUUAGGAGUCAUAAACAAUGUCGACUUUUCAUUGCUAAAGAACAUCUUUUUCCUGAUCAAAUUGCAUUUGCCCUAGCGAAAAGAAGUCCUCUGACGAAAGCCUUUAACUACGAGGUUACUUGGCUCAGGCAACUUGGAUUGUUAAAGCAUUGGAUAAAUUCUUAUUUACCGAGGCCUUAUCGAUGCUCUGCCCCACUUUCUUCGUUUCGGCCAACGCCAAACGAACGUCUGACUCUUAAUUAUCUUUCGAGUGCUUUCCUACUUUACGGUGUCGGCAUCAGCGUUUCUGUUUUGGCUUUCACGUUGGAAAUUAUUUUCACUUGGUGGAAGAGACAUGCAAUUAAGGUCACGCCAUUCAAUAAUCGAAAAAGAGGUUUGCGUGCUGGAUGGAAUUAGGUUAAAUUUCUUAUUUCCUUAUUGCGAAAGAAAGAAACUGUAACACUUUUCACUAAAUGUUUAUACUACAUCCUCCGCUUAUUCCUAACUAAAUGUUUAACUUAGGCUUACUGCCUUAUCUAUUCAAAUAAAUAUAAAGAUCCGUCGGCUAUGGUUUUAUAGGAGUCAUGUGAUAUUACCA